UAUUUUUAUCCGCUGGCGGCUUGAUGGGGUAAGUGGCAACGGAAGGGAUGCGCUGCUUUUUCAGACGCCGCCGGCUCCUCUACUCUUCGUCAUCCGCCGUCGCCGCCCUCCGCCCCUUCUCCAACUCUGCCUCUAAUCCUUCUGAUAGCGUCGGCCAGGUAGCCCUCUACUUCCGACGCGCCCGCCUCAUCGACGCCCUCCGCCUGCGCUUCCGGUCGCCCGACCCACCAACAGAUCUCCCCCAACCCCUCGACUCCUUCGUCGCCGUCCACGCUCUUCGCUCAAUCCCCUCGCCGGAUUCCGCCCUCUCCUUCUUCCGUUCGCUCCCCUCUCCCUCCACCCCGAUUCUCCACGCACUCGCCAAGCGCCUCGCCCUCGGCCGCCGCCUCGCGGACCUCCGGUCCCUCCUUGACGCCGCCGACGCCGGAUCCUUUCCCUCAUCUCUCCCCCCUUCUCCUCUCGACCGCCUCCGCUGGUUGGCGGCCGCUGGCGACCUCGCCGCCGUCCUCGACCUAUGGUCUUCCAUCCGCUCCUCCUCCUCCGAGCCCAACCGCCGCUCCAGCCGAGGAAGCCACCCAUGCACAGAGUCCUACAACCUCGUCAUGGGUCUCCAAGCCGACGCUGGGGAUCACUCUGCCGCAGUCGCUACCUUCUCCCAAAUGAUUCACGAUGGGGCCAACCCUAACUCCCGCACCUACACCAUUAUCAUCCACCAUCUCGUCCGCUCGGGGAAUCUCGAGGAGGCCGCUGUCGUGUUCUACCUCCUGCCCUCGAUGAGGAUCCCUCACACGUCGAAGCAGUACGAGGUGCUGGCGGAGGCGUACGCAUCCGCCGGAUUGUUCGACGAGUUUCAGCGGCUAGUAAAGGAGAUGAACUCCGACGGCAUCCUCCCGGGGCGAGCGAUGCGGGCCGCCAUCGCAAAGAUGAGCGCGGUGGGACCCAUCGAGGGCACGGAAGAGUUCGUCGAGGAAUUGUGCCCUAACGAACGAAUCGAGUACAUCGCCGUAUCCAGUGAGGAAGAAGACGAUUGCGCAGUGGAAGAUGAGCAUGAAGGCGAACACGAUCGCAUCCGGUUGAAGCCAUGGAUGGAUCCGAUCGCUCUCGCAAGGGCGAUGGAAGACUGGGCCCCCGACGACGUCGCUGAGUUGGAGGCAGCGAGGCUGGUCUGGACGCCGCGACUGGUCUGUAAGCUCCUCAGGGCCUUCAAGAAGCCCGAGACGGCGUGGGACUUCUUCUGCUGGGUAGCGUACCAACCGGGCGACUUCGUGCACGACCGUCGGACGGUUUCAAGGAUGGUCUCCAUCCUCGCUCGGCACGGCCACGUCGAGCUGGUUCGCCGUCUCCUCUCCAAGGUCAAGUCGGAGGGUAUCGCUCUCCCCUUCGCCACCGUCCGAUUACUCAUCGACUUCUACGGCCUAUCAAAGAAAGCCAACGCGGCAAUCGAGGUCUUCCGCGAGGCUCACUCGAUCUGCGGCGGCGCACCAUUGCCAGGGCCGCGGCGCUUGCUGCUCUGCUCGUCCCUGCUCCGCACCAUGGUCAAGUGUAGGCGAGGAUACGAUGCAUUGGACCUCAUGGAAGAGAUGAUGGCGGAGGGUAUCUUCCCCGACGUACAAACUUUCUCCGGCUUGAUACAGUACUUCGCCGGAGCCGGCGACCUGAGGAGCGUGCACAAGCUAUUCGGGAUGGUGAGGCAGUGCGGGCUCGAGCCAGACGCCCACAUGUACACGAUCCUGAUCCAGGCUUACUGCAAACAGGAGAGGGCAGCACUCGCAUUGACGCUAUUUAGGGAAAUGCGGUACUCAGGCAUCGCUCCCGACGGCGUUACCAAGGCUUUGCUCGUUAAGAGCUUGUGGAAAGAAGGUAAGCUUCGGGAAGCGGCCAUGGUGGAGGGGAUGUGCGACGAGUUCGAAAGGGGGCUGCCUGCGGCUUCUCCCGGCCAUGUGUGGACUGUGAGCGCGGCAGAUUUCAAGCGUGUUUAUGAUAUUUAUGCAGAUUGUUUUGCAGACAACGUUGGACAGGCAUGAAUCCAUGGUGUUUGUUGGAAUGCCUCAGUGAUUGCAUUCCAUUACUUCCAGAGAACAAUCCUCAUCCAACGUUACAUAAUGCAAGAGGCAGCAAGAAAUGCAUGUCGUUUCCAUCUUAGUAAAGGAUGCUGUAUUAAGUCAAGCAGAUGGUCACAUAGAAAGAAGACAAUACAAUAUAUUUGACAGCCAUAGAAAAUAGAUAAGCAGUUCUACUUCUACUUGCUUGUUUCUGUUUCAGCAUUAUAGUGGCCUAGUUAUUAAACAGUUGAUGUUCGUUCAUUUUUUGGCAGAAUUAACCAUUUGUAAAUUCUUACAUUGAUGGAAUAUGCACUUCCCAGGAAAAAGCUAACAAGCAAAGCACUAAGCAGGGGGCGGGACCCAGAUUUCACUCCUAAAGUAAAGCUCUGUUAAAGAAGAAUGGAUUGUAACUUGUACAAAUGCAUUGCCAAAAGCUGGUGAAGUGAUGCUGUUCUUGAGCUUGCCAAUGUGGACAUAUGGUUUGCAAUCAGGCUUAUUGGGAGUAUGUAGUUGCCCUUCUGAUCUACUACUUAGUUCACGAUGGCAACAAGAGGUAGUAAUCCUGCAUUGUUUACAAGCUACUUUAGUUAUUUAUCAAAUAGAUUGACUUAUGAGUGAUGUCGUAGUGUCAGUCAUUACUUGAUAAAUUUGGCAGAUUUAAGACUUCUUCCUCUUAUCUUACCUGCAACUUAGUCACAGAAAACAUGCAUAAUUUAGUGUUUGCUUGUAAAGGCUAAGUUAUAUCACUAUGACUGUAUAAAGAGAUGAACUUCAACUUCGUUACCUCUUCCUUCUACAUUACUUAGAUCCAGAAUAUUAAAAAAAAAAAUGCAAAGGUGAUGUAACAUUGAUGAAAUGGAAAGAGAUCUGAAGGAGAUGAAAACGAAGGGGAAAAAAACAGUAUAAUACCAGGGAAUACAAAUGCAAAAUUGGUGUAAUGUCUCAAAAAGCUCUCCUGGUUGAAAAUCAUUCUCUUUAGAAGAAAAUAAUCUGCGAUGAAAAGCAAGUUAGAGGAGAAGGUGAAGAAUGCUUAGGGAAUGAUGAUUAGAAAUAUCUGAAUCAUGCUAAGAAAGCAUUGCCGUGGGGCUGUCACAUGCCCUCUGCAUGGUAAGUAAAUCCAUGCCAUCAUUUGUCAUUAAGACAGAAACGCAUACGUUGCUGCUAAAUUAAUGCCUGAGAGAGAGAGAGAGAGAGCCCAAAGGAGCCCAAUCACACCCAUCGAAGGCCCAAGCCUUAAUGAGCACUAGCUUCAAUCUAGGGUUUUAGCAAACAUCGAAGGGACAUGGUAAAGCCAUGAAUAGAACCCUUCUCUUCUCACCAAAUGAAGUUAUCAGUGUUAAGAUUAUUGAAACUUGCUUGUGUUAUCAUAGUUAAUCAGUUACUCCAUUGGUGCUUCGGAUCUCUUGUUUUUUCUAUAAGGAAAAUCAAGAAUCAUGAACGAAUUUUAAUUCAAUGCAGAGGAAAUUAUUUUGGCAUGAAUACCACUGAAGCCAAAUACAUCGCGGGGGGGAAAA